AUGGCCAAACUCACUGGCCUUUCUAAUGAGAUCUUACUUUCCAUUGUUGCAUACUUCACAUCGAGCGAUGCACCCGAUGUUGAAGCCUUACUGAGCUUAUGCCGAACGUCCCGCACGUUAGUGUCUGUCGCGCGGCCGGCGCUUUACACUUGUGUGCAACUGGCAGAGCCAGUGCCAGACCCUUUGAGAUCUCUCAAGCUCUUCCUCGAAGCUUCGAUAGAAUAUCCCGAGCUAGCAAAUAAGACGCGAGAGCUGAUUUUAUUCAACGACCGAGGAAUACGCUACGAGUGGCCUGACCUUGGACGUGAUGACACAUUCAUGAGGUUAUCAACAUUGAUAGGAGGGCAUGAUGGUGAGAUCGAACCGGAACUCUGCUACAAACCGCUUGCGUUAUACGUUCUUGCCCGAGUGCCAAACGUCCAACAUGUUCACCUUGAAGCGCAGAUCGAACAUCCGCGCGCGCUGCUACAACACAUGCACGGGAAGAGAGAUGCCGACACUUCAUUCCUUGCUAAGUUGAAGACGUUCCACUUGCACAAGCGAUAUGAAAAGGGACCAAUCGAUCUGGAAGACUUUAUCCCCUUCAUGCAUUACCCUGCCUUCGAAAGAUUCUCAACCGAGAGCGAUGUAUCAGACAUAACAGGCGAGCGUCCUGCUACUAACACAGUGACACACACAGUAGCUGAGCUGUUUUGGAGCUUGGGACCGCUCUCUAUCAUGAAAGCACUCUUGUACGCAUGUCCACGCUUAACCGUCUUCAAACUCAUCAUUCCAGAUGGGAGGCGCCAUGAUUGCAUGAUGUGGGACGUAGCCCAUCAGCCACUGGUUUGCCCUCGAGAUCUUGUGAAAGCGCUACUAGAAAAUCAUCGGCGGACUUUAGAGACGCUGCAUUUGGACUUUCGUUACUACUACGACCUCGGUGAUCCAAUUUUCCAGCAGGACCUGUGGGAGACUGGUGUGGGCCUAGAUGACUAUAUCUACCCCUCAAUUCGCGACUUUGAGCAUUUGUCGCUCCUAACGAUCGAAUUCGAGAAGCUCGCUAAGCUUGGUGAUCUACCGUUGUCACUCAAGUUAUUGAAACUGCAACGCUGCCAGUUCGCAGAUCUAGACGCGACAUAUCUUCAGGAUCUUGCACGACUGAAAGAAACAUGGUGUCCAGUUAUUGAACACGUCGAGAUAAGUGGCCUCGAAGUCACUGACGAUGCCUUCGUCAGAGUUCGGGAACAUGCGAUUUUCUUGGAUUUACCGCACCACGUGUCAACGGAUGGACGGCACCUUCUAUUCCAGAAUGUGGGUUACAAUCUAGAGAUUCAGAGAACGGAGGUUUGA